AUGGCAUCGUACAAACCCACAGUCGUCAUCGACAAUGGCACUGGGUACACGAAAAUGGGUUACGCCGGCAACGCCGAGCCGAGUUACAUUAUCCCGUCCACGAUCGCCGUGAGCGGCCCCGACUCGAGCGCCGUGCGCAGUCGCCAGGGCAUUGACGAUCUCGACUUUUUCAUUGGCCACGACGCGCUGGCGCACGCGUCGACGCACCAGGUGAACUACCCCAUUGCCCAAGGCAUUAUCCACAACUGGGACAACAUGGAGAAGCUCUGGCAGCGCUGUCUGUUCCAGCACAUGCGGUGCGAGCCCGAGGAGCACUAUAUGCUGUUGACGGAGCCGCCGUUGAACCCGCCCGAGCACCGAGAAGCGACGGCCGAGAUCAUGUUUGAGACGUUUAAUGUCCCGGGCCUGUACAUUGCUGUGCAGGCCGUGCUGGCGCUCUACGCGUCGUGGCCCAAGAUCAAAGACCCGAGUCAGCGGUCGCUCACGGGCACAGUCAUUGACUCGGGCGACGGCGUGACGCACGUCAUUCCCGUGGCCGAAGGCUACGUCAUUGGCAGCUGCAUUCGGCACAUUCCGCUGGCAGGACGCGACGUGACGCACUUUAUCCAAAAGAUGCUGCGCGACCGGGGCGAGCCCGUGCCGCCCGAAGACUCGCUCGAGGUGGCCAAGCGCGUGAAAGAAGCGCACAGCUACGUGUGCUCGGACCUGGUCAAGGAGUUUAAAAAGUACGACGCCAAGCCCGACAAGUUUUUCCUGCCGUACUCGGACUUGCACCCGCGGACGAAGCAGCCGUGGACGAUCGACGUGGGCUACGAGCGGUUCUUGGCGCCCGAGAUCUUUUUCAACCCCGAGAUCUUUUCGACGGACUUUACGACGCCGUUGCCCAACGUCGUGGACGAAGCGAUCUUAAAGUGUCCGAUUGACACGCGGCGUGGCCUGUACAAGAACAUUGUCCUGUCGGGCGGGAGCACUAUGUUCAAGGACUUUGGCCGUCGGCUCCAGCGCGACAUCAAGCGGCUCGCGGACGACCGCCAAGCAGCGAAUCUCGCGAUGCACUCCAAGUUCCAGCAAGCGCAUGCCGAAGCGCUCGAGGUGAAUGUGCUGUCGCACCGCAUGCAGCGCUUUGCCGUGUGGUUUGGCGGCAGUAUGGUCGCGUCGACGCCGGACUUUUACCGCGUUUGCCACACGAAGGCCCAGUACGACGAAGAGGGGCCGCGGAUUGCCCGCCACAAUCCCGUGUUCAACGUCACCAUGUGA